AUGGCCUCCUCGUCCUCGGCGCCCAAAUGGACGGCCUCCUCAUUCUCGGUGCCCGACACAUCCUCCUCCUUGUCAUCUACGCCGCCCGACUGGAGCUCAGGAGACGCCUUCCGCCUCCUCCCCUGGAUGUCACAGACAACUCCUGCCACCAUGUCUUCUGUCACCACCAGCCGGCCUCGGACAUCCUUCCUCAUCCAGGACAUCCUGGCAGAUCUGGGGGGUAAAAGCAGAGACAGGCACCCAGGUGAAGACCAGGAGAGAGGUACAACCGCAGGAGAGGAGGAGGGGGAGGUCACCCUACAGAGAGAGAAGUCUGGGGACCCACUGGAGGCUCACAGCCUAAAGAUGACUGCAGAAGAUCAGAUGGCAGAGGAACGGCUGGGCUUUGAGACGCCUCAGCAGCCCACAGCGGAGGAGGACAAAGUGGCCAAGCAUCCUCAGAAGCGGUCCCGGGCUGCCUUCUCACAUUCCCAGGUGAUAGAACUGGAGAGAAAGUUCUCCAGCCAGAAAUAUCUGUCCGCUCCGGAGAGAGCCCAGCUGGCCAAGAGCCUGAAGCUGACCGAGACCCAGGUGAAGAUCUGGUUCCAGAACCGGAGAUAUAAAACAAAGAGGAAACAGCUGGCCACUGACCUGGAUGAACUGGACAAGACCUCAACUCUCCCCAUCCUGAGCCGUGAUGGCGACCUGAGCCGGAACUCUCUCAUAAGCUUCUACCAGAACUACCACUGCUACCCGUACCUGUACUACCUGGCUGGCUGGCACCCACCUCUGUGGUGA